ACUGUGAUCAUUGUUUUCAUCCCUGAGGUAAACUCAUACCAGCCUGUGGAUGAAAGGACAUGAACUCAGCUCAGGCUGCAGACUCUGGAGAAGGAGGGCGGAUCAGAGCCUCCCGCUGUCCCUGCUCUCCUCUCCUCUCCCUGCAGCUGCUCAUUUCUCCUCAGGACACCUCGGAGCAGCGCGUGGAGGGGGUGUUGCGUCUCGUGCGGGUUCACAGGAUGGUCCAGGACGCGGGUGUUCGUGAGUAAUUAUCAUCGUAAACAUAUGUGACGGCCACGGGGGCGCCAGGUCCUCGCAGGCACUACAGACUUGGCAGCUUCGAGCAACAUUUACGCGUUUUUAAGGUCGUGAAGAGAAGAUGACUCACUGUCUGGCACGUGUGCUUCCUCGGCUGUCACGGUGAGCUGCUCUUUUUCUGCUGUUUUAUGGUUUUUGAGUCACUUUGGAGAUACAGCGAGAAUCAGAGGCGCUGGAGUCCUUUUAUUCGUGCGUAAAAGUCCGUCUGACACUGACGCUUUGAGUGCAGUCGGUGAACCAAAUCUGGGUAAGUUUUCAGGAGCUUCUGUUGGAAGGAUGAUUUAAUAUUUCGGGGAUCUGUUGGAUUAUAAAUUAACACAUUUUUACUGUAUUGGUGGUGAUUUUGGAGAGUCUGGUGCGGAUUUGUGCGCAUUUCUGACCCUCAUCCUUUGGUGAUAACAUGCCUGAAACGAUGUUUUUAUGCAACACCAGCGCCAUAAAGGACUGGAGCUAUUUUCUGUCGCAGAUUUUGCCUCUGAUGAAUAAAACCACGGGCUUGGUGAACAUGGACAAAGCGGAGGAUGUGACGACCACCAUGGUGACCGCUCUGCAGCCGGACAGCGCCAUGAGCGCGAGUAACCCUCCUCUGAACUCCAACCAUACCUCGGGUAUGGAGCACGUCUUUCAGUACUCUUACUCUGAGAGUGACCUGCUGUACACGGACUACCGGACACCCUCCCGAGACCCCAUCCCGCUCCCCAAAGCGGUGCUCUACCUGGUGAUGGCCGCGCUGGUGGUGGUGGCCGUGGCGUAUGCAAUAGUGGGGCACCUGGUCAAAGAUGUGGUCAACGACUUUGUCGGUAUGUGACCCCUUUAUUUAACGUGUGUGCGCAUUUACUCUCUCAUUUCAUAGACGAUCAGUUUAACCCGUUUGUGCCCAGAUUUGGUCAUGUGUUCACACGAUAACUCAGCCUCACAUGCACAUGUAUUUACCUCCUUUUCUCCUUCAUUCUGGGGAAAAUCUUAUGACAUUAAAAUCAACUUUUGUCGCGGAUUAGGAUGUAAUUGCAUUAACCUUUUGGUACGGUGGGUAAAUUUGAGAUACACCACAUAAAAAAGCAUUAUUUAUAUAUUUUUAAUGAUGCUAUCCAAACAUUUGCAUGCUACUAAACAAAUGUGAGAAUAUUUUUUUACAGAUUUUAGAUGUUUAAAGAAAUGAAAAACUUCAAAAAUAAUUGGUUUUAAAGCUCCUGUGAGGAGUUUUUUUACACAAAUUAAACAGACUGGAAUUUAUAUUGAUGUCUUUUCAUAAAAAACAAGACUGACCAUGUCUAUACUCUCAUUUUUAAUGCCUCAAAGAUUGUAGGCGUCAGCUAAGCAGCUAAUGUUUUAUACAUUCGCAAUAAAUUACAGAUUUGACCGUUUAAAGUCGGCAGGAUGAGAUUUUUUUUCAUGCUAAGACACAGAGCUGGCCCAGGCCUCGAUGGGGCCCUGAGCAAAAUUUGAUUUUGGGCCCUCUGUUUCUGCUAAUAAUAUUGAUUGUUGAUAAUUCACACACCUUCACAAAUCUCUUUGAUUAACAUUCCCUGACAUGCAAACAUACCUUUAUUUUGGCGUCUUUACUCUUCUUCUUCUUUCGUCCUCUUUCUUUUCUCUGCUCCUGAAGGAUAUGUCCUUUUUUGCGACAUUGUUUUGCCCCACAACUACCUGCUCUUUGGAUGCUCAGUGCACAUUGCACAGCAGGAGGCACAUAACGGUAGCAGAGCUUUGACAUAUCAACAGUAAGAAUCAUAGGCCUACAUCAGCAGCGGCACUAAGAUGUUUUUACUUUAAUUCAAUCUUAUUUUUACAAUAAUGUAUAUUUGAUCAUACAGAAAGCAUCACUCAUACAUGCAAAAAAUAAUAAAAUAUGAUGCUCUUGGGGGCCCCCUACCGGCUGUGGGGCCCUAAACAGGCGCUUAGUUCGCUUAUGCCUUGGGCUGGCUUUAAACAUUUUUACUGACUGCCAUGUUUCUGCAGAAUCACAAACACACUCAUCCUUCAUGUUUAGUGAGUGUCUGUGGCAAAUGAACCAGAAGGAAGAGAAGAGCGAUAUUUCUGAUGGUACAAACUUGACAAAUGGAGGCUCAGGUGUCACAGGAGCUUCUGCCUCCUGAUCAGUUUAAGCAGCAUGGCUGUGGGUUGAAUGCCGGUCUUUUAUGUGGAUUUGUGAACUUGAACGGGCCUUUCUCACUUACAUCAGAGCCAGGACCUCUUCACAUAGGCCUCCAUCUUGAACCAAACUCUGACUUGUUUCCGGUUUUUCCCUGGACUUCAUUCAAGCACCUGGAGCCCUCCUUGAAAGCCCCUGUUCACUCCACUUUAGGCUAAAACAAAUUUACUGCCUGGAAGUUACAACGCAGCCUGCAAACAUCUUGAUUAAUUCAUGUAAGAAGUGAUUCUGAGCCUCCAAGUAGCAACAGAUGGUUUCUUUAAUUAUUGAAAGCAUACAUUGAUAGUUUUAUACGUAGAAAACCAGAGAGGUUUCAGUAAAAUCGACCGAAAUGAAGUCUUCACUCCAAGCUAAUGUACAGAUAAGCUCAUGACCUUGUGGCUGAAAAACUCCAAAAUCAGCAAGUGUCUGUGGAGAAACGGAGAGGAGGAGACCUGCUGCUGUUUCUCUAUUUUUGAAGAGUUAUACAUAAUAAAUGAAGGAAUGAAACAAUGAGUCUAUUCUGAGGACACACGUCGCCUCAUUGUGCUGACUGGACCGGUUUGUCGGCUCAUUACAUCAGACGAGUUGAAGCAGAAUAGAAAAUUUCACCCAACUGUUUCAGCGCGGGAGGGGGAUCAGGACAGGUGGCGUGCUCUGGACACUUUUUUCAAACAGAAUACCGGUGAAGUUCUGGGAAUAAAGUAGGUCAACAUGCCAACAGUGUGCAAAAAACAUUAAGGGGGUGGUGGCAGAAAUUUUAUCCAAGCUUGAGUCACUUUUUUGAGGAGCUGUAGAGAAUUUGGGGAUUUUUUACAACAAUUUUACAAAGAAAAAAUAAGUUAUUUGGGAUUCGGCAACAACUUUUCAACAAGCAAUAAAUGGGUACUUAUUUUAAUACUUCAAGGAACUUUCAAGGACCUAAACUCAAAUUUCGGUUCUCCUUUUCUGGCUGAAAAAAGGCAUUUUUUGGUCCAUUUGGCUAAAUGCGCCUUUAAUUGAGCCUUAAAGGACUUUUAAUUAGAAAUGUGAAUCAGACUUUUAAUCAGAAAUGCCUCUGUAUCAGACCAAGGCCACACCAUCACUCUUGUGCACACUACAUACUUGUGCACGGGAGUGUCCCUCCUUGUUUCUGUACAGGAAACCAUGGCAACUGAAUCUGAGGGUAAUCUGUUUGAGUUGGAGCAGGUAUAUAUAGUAUAGGAGUUGAUUAUGCUGCCGCUUUUGCAUAGAAGAAAAAGGGGAGACAGAGGAGACAGCAGCUGAGGUAGAGGAGGGGGAACCGCAGUGAUACAGGAAAUGUCCACCGCCAAGCAGACCAAUCACAGAGCUUACAUUGCCUGUUGCUUCAAUGUAUGGUAACAUUUCAGAGAAGGUGCAUGUCAAGCAAAGCAAAUGCAUCUUUUGUGUAGAUACUGGAUUAAAAAGACAUAAGUCUAACACACCACUGUGCUUGUCAUAGUAUAGUAUGAUAUAGUAUGAUAAAAAAAAAAGUCAUAGUAAAGUAUGCUAAAAAAAUCAUAGAAAGUAUGAUAAAAAUGUCACAGCAUGGUUUGCUAAAAAAAUGUAAUACUAUAAUAUGUAAAAAAAAUUCAUAGUAUAGUAUGAAAAAAGUUGGCAUAGUAUAGUAUGAUAAAAAUGUCAUUGGAAAGUAAAAAAAAAUGUCAAAGGAUAGCAUAAAUAAAAUAUGUGAUGGUUUAGUUUAAUAAAAAUGUCAUAGUAUAGCAUGAAUAAAAAAUUAUCAUAGCAUAGUAUGAUAAAAAAAAUGUCAUAGUAAAGUACAAUAAAAAUGGUCACUGUAAGUAUGAUUAAAAAUGUCAUAGUAAUGUAUGAGUAAAAAAUAUCAUAGUAUAGUAUAAUAAAAUGUCAUAGUAUAGUAUGGUAAAAGUGGGCAUAGUAUGGUAUAAUAAAAUAUGUCAAAGUAUGGUUUGAUAAAAAAUGUCAUAGUAUAGUAUCAUAAGAAAUGUCAUAGAAUAGUGUGAUAAAAAAUGUAAUAGUAUAAUGUGAUAAAAAUGUCAUUGUAUAGUAUGAUCAAAAUGUCAAAGUAAUGAAUGAUUGAAAAAUGUCAUAGUAUAGGAAGAUAAAAAAUGUCAUUUUAUUGUAUGAUUAAAAAAUGUCAGUAUAGUACGAUAAAAAUAUCAUAGUAUAGUAUGAUAAAAGUGGGCAUAGUAUAGUAUGAUAAAAAAUGUCAAAGUAUAGUGUGAUAAAAAAUGUCAAAGUAUAAAAUGUUGAAAAAAUAUAGAAUAGUAUGAUAACAAUUUCAUAGGAUAGCAUGAAUAAAAAAUGUGUUAGUUAAGUUUAAGAAAAAUGUCAUAGUAUAGCAUGAUAAAAAAUUAUCAUAGUAUAGUAAGAUAAAAAAAAUGUCAUAACAAAAUACGAUAAAAAUAUUCAUAGUACAGUAUGAUAAAAAAUGUUUUAGUAUACUAUGAUAAAACUGUCAUAGUAAAGAAUGGUAAAAGUGGGCAUAGUAUAGUAUGAUGAAAAUGUCAAAGUAUAGUUUGAUAAAAUAUUUCAUAGUUUAUAUGAUUAGAAAUGUCUGAAUAGUAUAAUAAGAAAUGUAAUAGUAUAGUGUGAGAAAAAUGUCAUUGAAUAGUCUGAUAGAAAAUGUCAGAGUUUAGUAUGAUAAAAAUAUCAUAGUAUAGUAUGAUGAAAAAGUGUCAUAGUAUAGUAUGAUCAAAAUGUCAAAGUAAUGUAUGAUUAAAAAAUGUCAUAGUAUAGUAUAAUAAAAUGUCAUUGGAAAGUAUAAAAAAAGUAUAGCAUGAUUAAAAAAUGUGAUAAUUAAGUAUAAUUAAGACAUGUUAAAAGUAUAGUAAGAUAAAACUGUCAUAGUAUAGUGUGAUGAAAAAUGUCAUUGUACAGAAUGAUCAAAAUGUCAUGGUGUAGUAUGAUUAAAACUGUCCAUGUUUAGUAUAAUAAAAAAUGUCAUAGUAUAGAAUGAUCAAAAUGUCAUAUGACAUUUUGAUUAUUCUAUACUAUGACAUUUUUUAUACUAUGACAAAACUGUCAUAGUAUAGAAUGAUGAAAGUGGGCAUAGUAUAGUAUGAUAAAACAUUUCAAAGUAUAGUUUGAUAAGAAAUUUCAUGGUAUAGUAUCGUAAGAAAUGUCAUAGAAUAGAGUGAUAAAAAAUGUAAUAGUAUAGUGUGAUAAAAAUGUUAUAGUGUAGUAUGAUUAAAAAUGUAAUAGUAUAGUAUGAUAGAAAUGUCAUAGUAUAGUAUGAUAAAACAUUUCAAAGUAUAGUUUGAUAAGAAAUUUCAUGGUAUAGUAUCGUAAGAAAUGUCAUAGAAUAGAGUGAUAAAAAAUGUAAUAGUAUAGUGUGAUAAAAAUGUUAUAGUGUAGUAUGAUUAAAAAUGUCAUAGUAUAGUAUGAUAGAAAUGUCAUAGUAUAGUAUGAUAGAAAUGUCAAAGUAAUGAAUGAUUGAAAAAUGUCAUAGUAUAGUAUGAUGAAAAAGUGUCAUAGUAUAGUAUGAUAAAAGUGGGCAUAGUAAUGUAUGAUUAAAAAAUGUCAUAGUAUAAUAGUAUAUGAUAAAAAAAAAAGUCAUCCUAUAGCUAGUUUAAAAUUGAUUUCUGUGUUUAUCUGUUUCAUUUCAUGAAAAAAAGCUAGUCUUUCUUUAGAACCACUUACUUGUCAGUUCUCUUCCUCUCUUUUUAAAGGUGGAGGCAGGCCCAUUGUUCCUGAAGGUGACGGUGGUGAAUCCAGUGAACCAGGUAAAGAAUAACACGGAGCUCACAUGGUUCACAGUCUGCUGCACUUACCUUUACCACAGAGACAUGCCGGUUUCUUCAGCCUGUCGGCGGUAACAGCUCAUCUGACUGUCUGGGUCUCACGUGACCUUCUCACCUUCAUAUGAAAACUCACACGUACACAUUGACACAAACACCCGGGCUGGGCAGCGCUGGCUCUCUUGGGUAUUUUAGCUGAGGUGUAAAUGUGGAGGAUGUGUGUUUUCAAGCUGUUUUACUUCUCACCAGAUGAAGGUUGCAGAAACGCUGUCAGGACUCAUCUGCAGUGAGAUGCUUCCUGUUUUUUGACAUUGUGCAACAACCAAAGAGCAUCUUGUUAAAACGUGACUCUCUGUUUAAAGUAAAUAGUGAUGAAUAAAUACAGUUAUGCAAAUAUUGGACUGGUGUUUUGUGGGUCUGAGGAGUCCCGCUCUUCUUUCUGUCUGCCUCUCACACGCUGGACCAUCAUGCAUAAUCUCAGCUCCUCAUCUGACAGAACAAUGAUUGAUGUGUCCCAAUUCAGGAAGGCCUCACCACACACCGCAGGGCCGCCGUGCUGCACACGCCUCCCCCAGAAACAAUUUUAUGGUGCUUUACCUCUAAUGGAAUUACAAAGGCUGAACACGCCAUAACUUUCUGUUGGAUGAAGUUUGCAGCAUUGUUCUGCACACUUUCAAACACUGUAGUGGGUGUUUUCUGCCUCAUGAACACUUGUCAUAAACUAUAGUGGUGGAAGAAACAGCACUGCAUUUCUUUAUUUGAAGACACAAAAUGACUUCAGACUUUAGGUAAAUGGUUCGUCUCCAAAUGUUUGAUUUGAUUCUCAAAGUGAGACGUGAUGGUCGUCAAACAGAAACAGGUUUUUAGUAAGGGAUUGCUUUCAAUCAAUCAAACGAUCAGUCUUUAUUUAUAUAGCACUUUUCAUACACAACCAUGUAGCAAUUCACACAGAAAAAGGAAUAAAAGAAACAAAGAAUACCCGAAUCUACCCCAGCCCAACCCUUCAUUCCCACCCCACGAUCUCAGCACAACAGGAACAUGUAUUAAAAUGCAUUAACUUGAAAAGUGCCGAUUUCAUAGAAACAGGAAUGUGCGCACUGAGGAAACGUAAGGUACGUUUUGAGUUUGCUUUUAAAGUCAUUAAGAUUAGGUGCAGUCCUCAGGUCUUCAGGUAAAUUGUUCCAUAGUAAUAAAAAGAUGUCUCACCGUAUGUCUUGGUUUUAACUUUAGAUAAUGUUAACAGAAAACUUCCAGAAGAACUGAGGGCUGUACCUGACUCAUAAGGUAAAACAGAUCAGGGCCAAAACCAUUACGAGCUUGAAAAACCAAUAAAACAACCUUAAAAUCUAUUCUAAAAGAGAUGGGUAGCCAAUGCAGAGACCUUAAAAUCGGUCUGGUCCUUGUUAGCAUCCGUGCAGCUGAAUUUUGGAGUAAUUGCAAACGUGAAUUAUUCUUUUUGGGGAGACCAGAAAGGAGGGCAUUACAAUCGUCUAUUCUACAAGUGAUAAAAGCAUGAAUUAAUGUAUGGCUUGAUAGUGAAACGGUCACACUCAGGUUAUGUUUUUUUAACUGAUAAAAUGCCUUCUUGGUGAUAUGCCGUAAGUGUGCUUCAAAGCUCAGUUCUGAAUCAAAUAAAACAUCUACAUUUUUAGUCUGUUGACUUAGAUUAUAGGAUAGUGCUUUGAGUUUGCUGACCAGUUUCUCUCUCUUGUCCCCUAUGCCAAUGACUAAAACCUGAGUUUUGUCCCGGUUGAGCUGUAAAAAGUUUUCCUUUGAGUAUCCUGCAUGCAUAACCGGUCAAAAGUGGAUUUCUAGUACUGUAAACAGCACAGAGGGACACUUUGUUUGUCUCUUAUUUACAUAAAACUUCUCCAAGAGACUCUAACAACACAAACAGACCUCAGUGAUACCCAGCAGAGUCUCCAACCUCAUUCAAGUCCUUGAUAAUGUGAAGCAUUAAAAAAGUCAACAGUUAAGUGAAUUUAUCCUGAAGGAAAUGGCACAAGGACUGGUUACGACUCCUCAAGUAUCUAACUUCUUACUCCUCUCUCUCCUCAGACUGGGUGUUUGGCUCUCGCCGUUUUCCAAACCGCAACACGCCUGAAAUAAACUGCAUCACCAACAACAUGAGCGAGAUGACUGAGUUGGGUGAGCGCCCCCGGCUGGUGGAAAUGAACUACAUAUCUCUGAACCACACAAACUGCCUGAGCUCUAACAGAGCGGAGGACGUGGUGGUCACCAUAGAUGAGACGCUACAGCAGCGACCUCCGGACACGGUCUCUGGGACCUAACUGACGCUGACCAACCUUUUCUGGGAGAAAUUAAGUGGCACAUUGAGUGGAUUUACAAGUCUGUCCUGGAUUGAAGCUCUAUCCACGGUUUUGUCCUCUGCAGGUGAGCUGUAGUUCCUUCACACAGAUUGGAGGCGGGAGAUUCUGAUUUUUGCCUCAGGUUGGACUCCAUUUUGGCGGUGACGAGAAGAAACGGCUGUUGAAGCUGUGACGUUUCAGUGUUGAUAUUUUCUGUCUUGGUGUUCUGCUCUUCUUAGAGCUGUGAAAAUACCUUUGUCUGUUUGUGUAACUCAAACAGAGGAGAAUCACUUUAAAUACACAAUCCACGCUGGGCUGUGCUUGUUGUAUUGCUGCUUGCAAACACUUCACCUUUAGAAAAACAAUCCAAAUAUUUUUACCUUCCUUAACGCUGUGAGACUCUGAAACUCUUUCAAUCACUGUCGACUUUGUAGCAGACAUAAUAAGGCUGCAGAGUUAUCACCUUCCACUGUCUUGUGUAAUAACGCUGUAAUUACUAGGGGUAAAAAAACAGUUUACUGCCCCACAAUAUUGUCAAAGUGUUUUGUUUAAAAGAUGUCUGCUUUUCUCUGUUCACACCCAACUGCAAAAAAAGAAACAUUCAUUUAUUGAGCUUCAUAAUGUCUUUGAACAUCUCAUCAUUUAAGGGCUAUGUACCGUUUUUUGAUCUGAGACGACGCUCAGAGCUCAAACUAAAGCGCACAGUGUGAUUAUUACGCUCUGCUGUAAACACCAUGUUUCUAAAGGUAUCUGUUCUGUCUAAACUUGCACAUAUUUGGGAUAAAAUGAAAUAAACUUAAGUGAUCCAAAAAGGUUUCCAUUAAAGGGCAAUAAGAUCAAAUGUUUUACUCUGUGGUGGUGACGUUAAGCAAAAAGGUCGAGAAUAUUAAACUGCAAAAAAAGUGUUUUUGUUUUCUUACAUUUCGCCACCUGAGGUCGCUGUACUUCCUUUUUAAUCACUAAUAAAUACACAUGGUACAAGUGUU